UUGUUCGUCUGUAUCCCGGGAUCGUCAGUCAACCAGAUGACUGUCAAGUCCCGUCACUGUCUGCCCAACAUCUGGGCAUGAAGCAUUCUGACAACUUCCGUGGGAUGCACCAUAUUCCGCUUCAUUGUCUGUGAUGAAUAUCUCCCCCUUGGGGUGUAUGCUCAACGAAUGUUUUCCGAAAUGUACAGUAGCUCUCUUGAAAAAAGGACCACAGACUCGCAGUAAUAUAAUGUGCAUGACACGUACGACGGCGCCUAAUGCUAUCCAAAACGCAUCUAUACUCCUUGUAACAAAAGAGCGCGACUCUACAUCUACCCUCCGCCAUUCCAUCCCCAUAUAUACAGCUUUCUCAAAGUCUCUCCUCCAACACGCCAUCCCCGCGCCUCGCCGCCUCCCUCGUCACCACCCCGACCACAAGUCCCGCGGUCCGUUGCACCAGCUCGUUAUACCAGUCCAUCCCGGCCUCCGAGUUGAAAACGUUCAUGUGGGCGUCGAUCUCGUUGAGGUAGGGGUGGGUCAUUGUGCUGAAGAGGGUGUCGGUGUCGGUGUCGUUGUUGGGGUAUCUUUUGGGGUGGGUAUAUUGGGUGGGUUUGAUGGGGUGGGUUCGACGGGUGGUGAUGUUGAGGGGGUUGGCGGUCUGGCGGUCUGGGGUGCGCCCUCUGCCGGUAUUUUGACGGAAUCAGAAGGGUUGGCAGGCGCCGUCGAUGCCACAGGUACGCUCUCUGAUUGUCCCGAUGCAGUUGGGGCAAACGCUGUAGAUGGGUCGGGUGUGCUUUGCGAUGGUUGCUCAACUGUUGCGGAAGCGUAGGGUGUCGGCAACGUUCGCAAUUCGUUAAUCACGGUGGUCGUUGUUGUCGUUUCCACGACCUGUCCCUUCUCAUCAAUGUCCAUCAUCUGGACAGUCGCGCUGGCGGCCGACGUU